AUGGCGCGAUACAUGGGCGGCCCUCGCUGCCGCCGCGACAAGUUUCGUCGGCGUGCCACCAUGCUUCCUCCUGGAACCUUUCGUCAAACCAAACAAUACGAGGAGGACGAUGAGGGCUGGGAGCAAAGUGAAGAUGAAGUCCCUGACUCGGACGACAUCGGUAGUAGUUCCCAGGAGCAGCCCACCGUUUUCAAAGGCAAGAACGGUCAUGGGGCCGCCUUCGAUGACGAAGAUGGAAGCGACGGCGACAACGACAGCGACAGCGACAGCGAGUCCAGCAGCUUGGGCUCUGGGUUCGAAUACCCAUUCCCAGGUCUUCAUGGUCGUGAGCAGACGAACAACGCCGUCAGCGACAAUGAGCCACGCCUGAAGAGAGCGCGGUCUAUGAGCAUCCCCAUUUAUCCUCCCAACCCAUUUUCUACCGGCAUGCUUACUUACCAGCCGCCCCCGCUGCCCAUUUCCUACGGAUGGAUGGUGCGGGGCACUGUUGAGCACAUUGAGGACCUUCACCUCUCCGGAAUCCCGGUCUGCAGCAAGGCGGUGCGUUCCAAGACCCAGAUCCAGGUCUUGGGAGAGUACACAUGGAUCGAGACGACUCCAAGCCAAGAGAAGACCUUCGAGCGGUUCCCUGCCAUUUAUGUCCCAGGCAACGCCCGCACCUGGCGCCCCGUCCAGAUCGACUCAAGCCUCCACCAGAAAGAGAUCCAGUCCAUCGUCAACCAGAAGAUCCGCGAUGACAAUGCCCACCGCCAGCCACGAUACCCCUUCGAGCCAGCCCUACGCGCCCUCGAGGCCGCCGACAAGGUCACAAGCCUCAGCGAGAUCGACAUCGUGACCGACACCGACACCCUGACGCAGCUCCUGUCCUUCAUAAUGGGCGACGCGGCCACCCGCCGGGUUAAGGAGCCCUUCCGUCUCGAGCUCAAGACUGUGCGCAACACCCUGUUCAUCCACCCGAGCUACAAGCCCGGAAGCAGCCAGACGGGCCCUCCAAACAAGAAGACACGCCACGAUCCCAGCAUAUCCCCGCCUGACUGGGCCCCCGGCGUGCUGGGCCACAUCGGCACCCGCGCCGCGAGGCUGCCCUACAGCGGUGGACACUACCGCCUCGUGCGGUACCGCUUCGGCAACGUUGUACUCGCCGUGAGGGUCAAGGUGGACUUUGUCUACCAGCACCGCAACGCCCCGCGCCAGGCCCAAGUCGACCCACUGAGUGACGUGCAGCCGGUGUUCCUCCCGCGCCAGGAGGGCGACGUGGCACAGAUCUGGAAGACCACAGUCAAGCAGUCAGGGCUGGGGACCAGGCCCGCCGCCGCGGGCAUCACGUCCGUCAGGUACACGUGGCAGGACCAGAGGAUUAGGAUGAAGGCGCUGCUGCCGCACCUGUGGUUCUCGCGCACGCCCUUUGUGAUCGACUGCAAGGCCAGCUACCCGGACCUGGCCGUUAAGGAGGCCGAGCUGGUCAACGCUCGCCAGUGGUACCGCUGGUUCGAGCGCGGCCACGAGAACAGCCUGCGGCGCCUGGCUGGGCUCCUCAAGCACCUCCAGGGCAGGACGCGCGAGAUGGGAGGCGACAUCGUGCUCAUUGCCGACCCGUCGCCGGUCUACUUCGUACUCCUCAAGCCUAUGAUCGCAAUGCAGGCGCUGCCGGAGGACCUGGUCGUGAAGUUCUGGGGACCUGACACCGAAAAGGAGGAGCGAGAGCGGCUGGCUGAGAUGGGCCGAGACAGCACGCCCGAGGAUGCGAACAGUGACCUCACCGACCUCAGCUCUACCCCAAGUCUUCCCUCACGGUCAGAGAUUCCCAGCGCUGGUCACGGGAAGGCCGGUCGAUCGCAGCUUGCAACGCCAUCGCCUGACGAACCACAGGCACACAGCGAGGCGGCACCUGGUCACAUCCGCGGCGGCAGUGCUAGUACAGGUGGGACGCAGCUUUCCGAAGAGUCGGCCGAAGAGAACGACCCCAACCAGAUGGUUAUGGACUGGAACAAUGCCGUCGAGACCCCUGUGGAACAGUCAAUCGAGGAGGGCGGAGCAUCAGGAUACGAGGCCAGCCCGGCAUACAACCUUGAGUCAAGCCUGGACGGAAACCGCUCGUCCUCACAGGAUAGCAUCAUGGCCGGCGAGUCCGCUCAGGAAGCCGGUAACGAGGGCUCGGAUAAGGUCCUCGACUCCCUGCUCCUUCAGAUGAACCGCCCCAGGGUGAAGCAGGAAAGCCACGAGAGCCUCGUCGCGGUAGCUAGGACCGCAGACGCCGAGGUCCUGCGGGGCCAGCACUCCCUGCUGAUGGUGGACCGCCACCUGACCAGCGGUAUGCACGAGUCCUCGGAUGACGAGUGGCCCCCCAGACCUCCCGUCCACCCCCAUGGCCGCAUCACCAACGCUGCGCCAGACAUGCCCCGCCCGCCGCGCCACGCCCACGGGGACAUGGAGCUGCGCAGCAUCCGGUCUGGCUCGUUCGUCCCGUCGGCCGAGACGCCGCCCGGGCCGUACAAUGCUGAUGUCGACUCGGAGGGACACGUCGUGCCCAGAGGUGGCCGGAGGCGUCCUCGCGAGACAGACUCUGAUGAUGACGACGACGAGGAGGAGGAGCCUUCCCCGGCACAUCGCCGCCGCAAAUACCAUACUUCACAUCGCGCAAACGUGACGGCGAGCGGCCGCCCGAGGCUCAGUGAUGGGAGACAUGGUCAACGGAGCUAUAUCGAGGUUUCCAACGAUGCUGAUGCUGAGAAUGAGGACGAGGAUGAGGAUGAAGAGAUGGCCACCGACGAACCGGAACAAGUCAGCAUCGAGUACGACGACAACAAUGACGGCGCGGACGAUGAGGGCGCGUGGAACUAG